GGCCACAAUUAUCGAACUUUGAAUCGAUUAAUUGAAAAAAACGGUGCUAUCAAUGUCAAGCGACAAGUACCCAAUCGCUGGUCUUGGUAUGGCCGCGAUUUAUUUACUACUAUUAUGAAUGCUCCUAUAAGAACCAAUGUUAUCGUAUUUUUUGUUGCUUAUGUUAUCAGUUGGUGGAUCUUUGGCUUUUUAUGGUGGAUUAUGGGCUAUUUACGUGGCGAUUUUUUACCUCAACAUCAACUCUGGCAUCACAUAGGAAAUUAUACACCGUGUGUACAAAAUUGCGAUGGAUUUUGGGAAUCAUUAUUAUUUUCAAUUGAAACGCAAACAACAAUUGGUUAUGGUGUACGAGCUGUCACACAAAAAUGUCCGGAAGGGAUAUUUCUACUACAAUUGCAGACCAUUCUUGGAUACUUGAUUGAUUCUUUCGCACUUGGCAUUUUUUUCGCCAAGUUAUCUCAAGCGAAAUAUCGAACGAAAACAUUGACCGCUAGUAAACGAGCUGUUGUUUCUUUGCGUAAUGAUGUCCUCAAUUUAAUGAUUCGUAUCGGCGAUCUGCGAAGAAAUCCGAUCUGUGAAGUUCAGAUUUAUGGACUGUUAUAUAAAGAUACUAUUACUAAAGAAGGUGAAAUUCUCAUGAAUGAACCCUUUUUAAUUGAAUUUGAACCUAGCUACAUUCAUUUAUUAACUCCGUUAGUCGUAUGCCAUCCUAUUGAUGGGCAAAGUCCAUUACAUGACAUGACCGCCGAUGAUUUAUUUGCAAAAAAUGCCGAACUGGUUGUCAUUAUUGAAGGCAUUGUUGAAAGCACAGGACAGACAACGCAAUAUCGAACUUCCUAUAAACCUCAUGAAAUUAUUUUUGGUUCUUAUUUUCAAAAUAUUGCUUCAAGAGAUCGUUAUGGUCGAUUAAAUAUUGACUACUCUCGAUUU